GUAGUGGAAAUGAACGGUUGAAGCUUCGACCGCAAAUGGAAAUAAUGUUGGAUUUAUAAGAAAGUUGAUUCAUUAAUACUUGAUGUUUCUCUCGAGCUCCCAUGAACCCCAACAAUUUAAUGUUGAAUAAUAAAUGCGAAUGUGACAUUAUAAAUACAUAUUCAAAUUAAGUUUAGGAAUUAGCAAGAGCAAAGAGUACAGCAAAACAAUGGAGGCUAAUAAGAAUAGGAUUCUUGUAUUUGGUGGAACAGGUUACAUAGGAAAGUAUAUGGUGAAAGCAAGCAUUUCUUUAGGUUAUCCAACUUUUGUGUACACUCGACCUAUUAAUUCAGAAACUCCUAUCUCCAAGAUACAACUUUGCAAGGAAUUCAAUUCCAUUGGAGUAACACUUGUGGAGGGAGAACUUGAGCAUGAUAAGAUUGUGGCAGUUAUUAAACAAGUAGACAUUGUAAUAUGUACUUUUGCAUAUCCUCAAGUGAUGGAGCAACUCAAAAUUAUUGAUGCUAUCAAAGUUGCUGGAAAUAUCAAGAGAUUUCUUCCAUCAGAUUUUGGUGUAGAAGAAGACAGAGUAAAACCUCUUCCUCCAUUUCAAGCUUUCCUUGAUAAAAAAAGAAAAAUUAGAAGAGAAAUUGAAACAUCUGGAAUCCCUUAUACUUUUGUCUCUGCAAAUUGUUUUGGUGCAUACUUUGUGAAUUUCUUGCUUCAUCCUUAUGAUGAUAACAAGAAGGAUAUUACAGUCUAUGACAAUGGUGAAACCAAAGCUAUACUAAAUUAUGAAGAAGACAUUGCUAUGUACACUAUUAAAGUGGCAAAUGAUCCGAGAGCACACAAUCGAAUUGUUGUUUAUCGACCUUCAAAGAAUAUCGUAACACAAAAUGAGUUGAUAUCGCUAUGGGAGCGCAAAAAUGGUCAGAAAUUUAACAAAGUUUUUGUUCCGGAGGAAGAUAUUAUCAACCUAUCACAAAUAUUACCCCCUCCACAAAACAUACCAGUUUCCAUUGUUCAUAGUGUGUUUGUUAAAGGGGACCUUGUGAACUUUGAGAUAGGGGAAGAUGACCUUGAAGCUUCACAACUAUAUCCUGAUUAUAACUACACAUCAAUUGAUCAACUUCUUGAUAAAUUUAUUGUUGAUCCUCCACCUCCUGCAUCUGCUGCUUUUGAAUGAUGUUGUUUUACCUUAUUGUGUGCUUAGAUGUUGGUAACAAUAAUAAAGUAUGUAGGUACUCUAUUGUGUUUA